AUGGUUGAGGCCGUGGCUAACACCCAGAAGAAGCGGAAGCUGGGAUCGCUAGAUAGCUUUGUGACGAAGCAUCCACUGGGAGUGCUGCCAAAGGGAAAUGCGCUUAUGCUAAUGGGCGGUAAUGACACUGCCCUGCGUUUACAGACACUGGGUCCGUAUUUUGGCAGUCUACCAGAAGAGAUUCUUAUGGCGAUUCUCCAGGAGAUUGAAUCACCUCUCGAUCUGCUUCACACGGGAUAUGCUUGUAAAGCGUUGUAUGCAUAUAGUUCGUUUGACGAGCUGUGGAAGUUGAUGAUGUAUAAUCAGAAACAUGUACCCGAGGCAUGGUAUGGAAGCUGGCGACGGUCAUUCUGGGGACUGGGCGCUGUUUCAGAUGGACAAAAAGAUGUUGACAGUUCACGGAUAGUCGACUGUAGUGGAGUUGUGUAUUCAGAUUUUCUUUUUAGACCGUUUCAAUGUUCACAGAUUGACUAUACCAAACUCAUUGGAUCAGAAGAGCAUAUCAGUAAACGUCAGAAUAUCCACUGUUUUGAGAGUGAGUCGGAGAUUUCAUGUGAACAGUUCGACUCAGAAUGGCAUAAUAAACCGUUUAUGGUCCAACUGAAAGAGCGCAUUGCCGACUGGACCAUGGACCAGCUGUUAGAAGUGUUUGGCGACACUAUCUUUUACCAGGAGUAUAUGAGCUGGAAGCUGAAAGUGUAUGCCCAGUACAUGGAAAGCAACCAGGACGAGUCGCCAUUAUAUUUAUUCGAUUGUAAAUCAAGUGCAUUGAAAAGUUUGAAGUAUCAGGUUCCACUGGCAGAUAUCUUCGACAACGAGAGAGACUGGUUCAACCUGUUUGGCAACCAGCGUCCAGAUUACAGAUGGCUGAUUAUUGGCUGUGGCCGUAGCGGAUCCGGGUUCCAUAAAGAUCCCAACGGAACCAGUGCAUGGAACUCGAUAGUCAGUGGAGGCAGUAAAUACUGGAUCAUGUUCCCACCAGACUCUCCACCCCCAGGCGUGACGGUUGACGGAGAACUCGAAAGCGAGGUCACUGCUCCCGUAUCAGUCGCUGAAUGGUUUCUCGGCGGAUUUUAUGAGCAAGCGAGAAGACAGCCUGGGUUUCACGAAGGAAUCUGCCAUGUCGGCCAGGCCAUGUACGUUCCAGCCGGCUGGUGGCAUCUGGUGGUGAACCUCGACACCAGUAUCGCCAUGACGGGCAACUUCGUGCCCAAUCCCAAACUACCAUUCGUACUUGACUUCCUGAAGAACAAGUCCGACCAGAUCAGCGGGUUCAAAAACGAGCUAGACUGCAAAGAUGUCUUUGACAGACUCAAAACCCUCAUAGCCUCGAAGUCUCCCGAAACGCUUGCAACAGCACUCGAAGGGGUCCAAAAAAUCGAAAACGCCCGCAACAGUAAAGGAAAAUGGCACACGCUCAUCGACAGCGAAGAGAGCUCUUCUUUCUCCUUCAACUUCGACGAGUAA